AUGGAAAGCUUACUUUCAUCUAUUGAUAGUUUCAAUUGGGACGAACUGAAGAGUUUCGAUCAUGUAGAUGAUGCGCUGGACUUCUUCUAUAAAAAGCUCUUUCAAAUGAUUGAAGAUCAUGUUCCAAAGAAAAAAUACACUCCUGCCACUAACCUUUUUCCUGUGUGGUUUACUGCGUCCAUUAAGCGUAACAUCCGCUCAAAAAAUUUUUAUCGUUCAAAAUGGCUGCGGACUCGAAAUCAAAAUUGUCGUGGACAGUUUGUACGACUAAGAGCAUUGAUCAAUUCUGAGAUUUCUACGGCUUAUGAUGAUUAUGUCACAUCCAUCAUGGAAAAGAUGAAGUUGGAUCCGAAAAUUUUCUGGAAAUUUAUCAACCAGAAGAAGAAUUGCUCUAGAAUACCAGGAGUGAUGUAUGUCGAUGAAGAACCCCAUGAUGAUCCUCAGGCAGUUGUUAAUAUUUUUGCUGAACAUUUUUCCGAAUUGAACGUUGAAGCUGUAGAUGAACCGGAGAAUAUUCGGUACACCUCUGCUGAUCAGUAUCCUCCUGUAAUUGUACCUGAAAUCUCUGAAGAUGAGAUAAAAUCAAUUAUGUCCAAUUUUCCCAACAAAACAACAUCUGGAGAUAACGGUAUCCCAUCGUUUUUCUUAAGAAAUUACAGUGCUGUUCUUGCUAAACCGUUGACUAUCAUUAUCAACUUCAGUCUGAAGAAUUGCAUUUUUCCUUCUCAAUGGAAGAGAGCACGUGUGGUUCCGAUUUUCAAGAAGGGGAAUAAUGCACAUGUCCAUAACUACAGGCCAAUAUCUAUCCUGUCAAAUUUUGCGAAGGUGUACGAGGAGGUGUUAUACAGGGACAUAUAUUUUAGUGUUCAUUCAUAUUUGUCCACACAACAGCACGGAUUCAUUCGAGGAAGAUCUACCGUAACUAACCUGGCAACAAUUUCACAAUACAUCACGUAG